GUUUAAGUUUAUCCAGGCUGCCCCUUCUACAGACUCUAUGUCAACCGACUUAUUUUCUUUGCCCAACAAAUCAACAAACGCUGUUCUGCUAAUGAAAUAUACAUUUAGGUCGUGACGAAAACGUUUUGGUUUCUCUUAUGAAGAAAGCAAUGAGAACCCGGUCAAGUUCACCUCCAAUUCAUGUGCACAUCAAUGAUGCCACACCGGUACACGUACAUGUGAAGAGCCAAAGGAAGAGUCCUGCCUUCUCACCUCAGGGGAAGACUAAGGUCGACAGGGGAAACCUUCGUACUACUGCUAAGGUCAAAACUCGAGUGCCAUGGGUACCCCCAGGAAAGGCCUCCAUACCAGAUGCUUCGUACAAGUGGGAGGGGCCAACACACGUUCUUGAGAUCACGCCACCAGUCCCUGAACUAGAACCUGAAAACUCCCAGUCUGUGCUGCGAUUAGCUGACCUCACAUCAGAAGAAGAGGAAGGCCUACAUGGACGAAUCAGCCAAUAUGAGAGGAAGAUAGACAGCUUGCUGACAGAAGUCAGCUCUCUGAAAAAUGAGGUGGAAAUGCAGAAGAAGGAGCAUAUUUUAGAGCGUCAGUCAGAUCAGCUGAGUGUCUCCCAGCGGGUGAUUGCCGAGCAGGAGGAGGAGCUGGCUGAGGUGACCAAGGAGCUGAAGGAAACAGAGCGGGAGAACACUCGAUUGCGCCAGUCCAUGGAAAAGAUGUUAUAUUCGGAAGAGACUGAAUACAACAGACUGAACAGAGACAGUGCACAACAGGACAAAGGAGCUCUGCUCAGGAAGCUGAUGGAGGCUGAAAUAGACGGAGCAGCAGCUGCUAAGCAAGUCUCAGCCCUGCGAGAAUCUGUCUCCAAUCUGUGUAGUUUUGGUGGCAGUAGACUAUCUGGUAGUGAGUCUUCAGUCUUGGCCCGUCAGAAGGAGCUGUUACUACAGAAACUGGAGACUUUUGAGGCCACAAACCGAACAUUGCGGCACCUCCUCAGAGAGCAACAUGGAUCCCAGAUGGAAUCCAUCCAGUUGUCAGAGCAGAAGGAUGCAUUACUCAAGAGACUGGCGGAUACGGAGGCUGAAAAUGCUCAUCUUGUGGUGAAACUACAAGAGAAAGAAAGUGAAGUUAAUCAACUCUCCAGUCUUUUAGAUAGUGAGAAGAAGAAUGCCAAGAGCACCGCAGACUUAUCCAAGAGUCUGGAGUCAACAAGAGCUCAUUUACAAGGCCAGCUCCGCAGCAAAGAAGCUGAGAACAACCGACUCACUGUACAGAUAAAGAACUUUGAGCGAGCAGCCAACCAGCAGAAGGCAGAGAUGAACCAUCUGACGGAGCAAGUGAUGAGACUGAAACAGCGGGCCAGCACAGACCGCGAUGCUCUUAAACAAGCCACUCGAGCCCAGAAACAGCGAGCUGAGCGAUGCGAGGACACUGCAGGCCAGUUGAGCAUUCAGCUGCUGGACAUGGAGAAGCAGUUGGCUGAUGCCCUGUCAGCAGCUGAGACUUGGCAAAGUCACCAUGCACAAGAAGCAAAGGAAAAGAGUAAACUAGAGAUUGAACUGUCGGUGUUAAACAGUCGUAUAACAGAGCUCACUGAGCAGCUGCAGAGCAUGGAGGAUAAAGGCAGAGCAGAGAGAGAAGUGCUGCUGGAUCACCUGCAUGGCCUGACCUCAGAGAGCACUGCGGCCAAACUAGAGAACCAGACCCUCAAGGCGACAGCGUCUGCAGUGGAGGAGAAGUUGGCCAUGUCCCAAUCAGAGCUCCAACAGGUCAAAGCUACAAUCAAACAAUACAAAAGCUUGCUGGACAGCUAUAAGGUGCAGGUUGGAAAAACCCGGGCAGAGGCAGAUGAGUACUGUGCUCGACUAGCUCAGGUGGAGCAGGAAGCCCAGGUGGUGCAGAGGCAGCUGCAGUUGGAGAUAGAGGAUGUGCGCAAGGAGCUUCUAGGCCAGCUGGCUCAGCUGGAGCCUCUUCCCGAAGCCUUACGUCGAUCCCAGCUCCAACUACAGGAGGCUCAAGACAGGGAGCGCAGCCAAGAGAGACGCAGUACGGAGCUCAGCACAACCCUGACUGAUCUCCGCAUGAAGGUGGAGACCCAAGGCAGCCAAAUGGAGCUUCUUAGACAGAAGAACAAGGUGCUGCUGGAGGAGAACAGACAGCUUCAGCAACGAGUGGAGAGUUUGGAAAGAAAGCUGGAGGAGGCUGGCAGUCAGAACAGUGACCUGCAGACUGUCGUUGCCAAACGGGAAGAGACAAUCCACAGCAAUCAGCUCCGUCUGGAAGAAAAAACAAGAGAAUGUUCUAUGUUGAGCCGGAAGCUGGAGGAGGCUCUGGAUGAUGCUCGCCAGCAGAUGUCAGACACUAGAGAACGUGCUGCCAGUAAAGAACGCUCCACCCAAUCCAGGAUAUUGGACCUAGAGACCCAACUUAGCCGGACUACCUCAGAAAUAAACGAACUGAGACGCAGCAAAGAUGAGGUGGAGCGACGGUACAAGAGCCGACUUCAGGACUUGAAGGAUCGUCUGGAGCAGUCAGACAGCACCAACCGAAGCCUGCAGAACUACGUCCAGUUCCUCAAAGCCUCCUAUGCCAAUGUGUUUGGAGACGUUGCCCUCAGUACCUCACUGCGGGCCCCUUCACCCACCUGAUAGCACAUACUCCUACACAAUGAUAUGAAUUUGAGGUCACAUUGCAUUAACAUCCAAACUGGGCAAUCCGAUUGCAAAUGGCAAGCUUUUAUUGCUUGUGAUCACACCUGGCAUUAACAUGUGUCCUCAGCCAGCUCUUCUGACCCGAUCUCAGUUUCAUCCUCUGUAUUCAAAUAAACAUCACUUGGGAUGCAAUAGACUAAUUCAACAACUACUAUCUCUAAUUGAUCACCACCACUGUUUCGGAACCACGAGCAGUGCUGUUUUUCGUGUGUGCAUCAUAACUUGGGCACAUGCAAUAAGUUAUUAGGUAUUGACCUCUACCUUGAUGCUACUUAUUUUUUAGGCCUACAUAAAACUCAGAUUAUUACUCCGAACCUAGAACCUUCCAUCCACUCUGUAAUCUCCACUCUCAGAGAUCAAAUCUCUCAAUUGCGUUCAUAUCUGGUCACUUGUGAUUGGAUUACCAAGGACAGAUGUUAAUGCAAGGUCUGAAUGAGGCCUGACUGAACCUGAUUUGAAGAUUUGCUAGUUAGGGCUACAGGCUUUGAGGAGUAUUAUGGUCCGUUACCCGGCUUCUUGUUUAACACCACUUUAACCAGGUGAGAUGAAGAGUAAGAGUAUACGUAGAGCGUCAGUGGCAUUUUUACAUUUUAGGGAGCCUUACUCCAAAGCGGAGAGGAUAACAUUAAAAAAUGGAAUCUAAUAUUUUUUUAUAAUAAACCCCUGCAGAAAUUUAAGGUGCUUCCCAGAGGUGGUAUUUAAUAGUAUCAAACAGUAUAAUUCUACUUAACCCCUUUCCCAUCACUCGUCUUGGAUGCGUCCCAGAGAGAUUCCGUUUACAUAGGCUUUAAGUUAUUUAGAUGGAAAAGGUGAUUGGUGGUCAUAAUCAACAUUAACUUCACCUAUGCCAAAUGCUUUACUGAAUUCAUUUCUAACACCUUGAAAUACUUUUCACAAAGCAUUUGACAUAAAGUCAUUGUGAAAAUUCACAUUUGAUUGCAAAGUGGAAAAGGAUGUACAGUGCAAAAUGUAUUUGAUACAUUACAGAUAUACAGCAGAUCUCCAGGACUACUUUUUGUCACGAUGACACACAUAAACACAAUCACUCUAGGUUUAUAUAUAUAUAUAUAUACACCAGUAUACCUAUAUAAUUAUGUGCUUGUUGUUUUGCACAUAUACAUAUUUGCAGCCAACCUAUUGCUCCAUGACACAAUAUUUAAAUGUAUCAAUUCUUUAGGAUUUUAUGGAGCUGAAAACAUUGGUGCUAUCACUGUCCUUUGGCUGGUACAAAGCAGUCUAUGUCGAAACAAUUAUUUUGGUUUACAGUCUCACAUACUACAUGAGUACAUAUCAAAGGGUAUCACUCAUGUUUUCAAUAACCUUUUUGGAGUGUAUUUAAUAACUGAAAGAUUUAUAUUCUAUAGAACUUUAAGCAGCAAUAAAACAACAAAGUCCUUGAAACUAUCUGAAGAAUGAAGGAUGCACACUUGUUGUAUUGUGUUUCUGUUAUAUGGUGUGAAACUGACAUUAUACAGUUUUUUGUAUUGGUCCAACUGGCAUUAGCGAUUCAGUCUUUUGUUAAAUUAGUUGUAAUGGAAUACAGAGCUUUUAAGUUACACAUAACUUUUUUUUACAGUGUCUGUGAUUUUAUAUGUAAAAUUCACAAUGUAAUCCUAUAAACUAACAACUAUUAUAUUACUAAUCAUACAAUAUUUUCAGGAGAUGAAAAGGCAAAAAUGUGGAGGCAUUUAAUUAUUGUUAUUAUUUUUUUUUCGUAUUUUUAGUUUAUAUUGGAGCACUGAAGUUGAGAUGAAAAUAACACAGGCAAAAGAAUAUAACUACCAACACAUAACAGCUCAUGAAUAGAUCUUUUCUGUCUGCUAAGACCUUGUGGUAAUCAGCUGAUGUUGCCACAAACAACACUGAUGUUAAAGAGGGAGAUCAUUUUAGUUUUCAAAUGUUUUGUAUUCAUGGCUGAACAUAGACUGAGUAGCUCAUUAUUCAUAAAUGAGUCAUCAUUGAAAGUCCAUAUACAUGUAAUGUAUAAUGCUUUCAGCACUAACUAUAUGGCUGCAGUGUACAAGGAUAGAAGCACAAUAUCUUAGUAUAAUAAAAUUAAGACAUUCA